AUCUUCUUUUUAUAGUAUUAACUGGCUCGUUAAAGGCGUCCUACAACUUAAUCCCAAACUCCAAGGACACCCGAUGGUUAAUGAAGUGGCGCUGACAGCCAUAACGCGCAUUGAUUUGUCGCAUAACAACCUGAGUGUCCUCCCUAAAGAAAUUUUUAAGUUGGUUAGUUUAAAAUAUCUAAACAUUGCUCAGAAUAAAAUCGCCAGCCUCCCUUUUCCUGCGCAAUCACCGAAUAGUGCAAAAUAUGAGUACAAUUGUCCGGUGCUUGAGGAACUUUUCAUGCAGGAUAAUCGCCUAGUAAUGAUACCUGCCGACAUUUUUUACUUGCCUUCGCUUACCAUUUUAGAUAUCUCAAACAACAAACUGCAAGAACUGCCGUUUGACAUGUGGAAAGCACCAAAAUUGCGAGAACUAAAUAUAGCAUUUAAUUUGCUGAAGGACUUACCAGUGCUACCGAUGCAGUCCUCAACAGCACACAUCAGUUUAGAGAAGUUGGAAUUGGAGCCGUUUUCUAAUAUCGAAUCCUCAGAAGCGUGCAAUUCCAAGCCACGCAAUUUAAAUUUCCAUCAGUUGAUACAUCGAAAUGUUUGGGCUAAUUCGUUAGAUAUAACCGAUAAUGACAUGAAGUGGAAUAAACCGAAGAAAGAAGAGGGAGUCUCAAAGUUAAAUAGCCUAAAUAUCGCUAAUAAUCUUUUUACCAGCAUACCUGUGGUGCUACCUUGUUUGGCGGUUAAUUUGACACGUCUUAACAUGUCGUAUAAUAGUUUAAGAUCUAUGGGACAUGUGACGGGCUACCCUUCAGCUCUGAAGCAACUUGAUCUAAGUCAUAAUGAAAUUUCUUGUUGGCCAAGUUUGCCGCGUAUCAGCGGUGAUCUCGACCCACAUUUGCUUUGCUACGGUUUGGAUCGUUCCACCAAUACGACGGAUGACACAUCCACGUAUUCUAAGCCGGUGGGCAGUGGCAAAACAAUCUCAUUCCGCAGCACAGUACUUAAAAGCGUCUGUCGCCAUCGACGUCAUUUAAGACUUGAAUCGUUACGCACUCUUAUACUAGCCGAUAAUCUCUUGACUCGCAUACAGUUAUCCACUGAUGAUGCAACGACACUUUUUAACGAGUCCGAAGAUGCAGACUGGAGUGUUGUGGGUGUGACAAAGUCCAAGAUAAUAUUUCCGAACUUAUCCAUGUUGGAUAUUAGCAACAAUUGUUUGAAGGAAAUUCCCACUUCAUUACAUGAAUUAAGUGGUCUCAGUGUAUUAAAUAUAAGUGGUAAUGUGAAUAUCACCGAUCUCCCACCGCAUCUUGGUCUUCUCUCACGCCUAUGGAACUUAAACACGCGCGGCUGUAUGCUUCAGGAGCCACUUAAAUCGAUGAUCGAAAGUAAGAAGUACAAGACAAUGGAUAUAAUUGGAUAUUUGAAGUCAAUUUAUGAGAAUUCCGUGAUAUACGCGCGCAUGAAGUUGAUGGUGGUAGGCGUACAAGGCAUAGGCAAAACGACUCUGUUAGAUUUGCUGCGCCAAGGUGGUGGAUCUCAGAAAUCACGUGCCUCAGAAAACCAUUGGGCCAGACGCAUGGGGCAUGCGCGUAAUACGCCAAAGUCGAACUGUGCCGGAAACAUUUCGACGGUUGGUGUUGAUAUUGGGACCUGGAUAUGUGAAAAGCGAAAGAAAUCGCCCGGCUCACAUGGACCUGUAAUAUUUCGAACUUGGGAUUUUGGUGGCCAAAAAGAAUACUAUGCAACACAUCAGUAUUUUUUAUCGAAACGUAGUUUAUAUUUGGUACUUUGGAAAAUAACGGAUGGGCAUAAAGGACUUACUGAAAUACUCCAAUGGCUCGGUAACAUACAGGCUCGCGCACCCAAUUCUGCUGUCAUAAUUGUUGGAACGCACUACGAUGCAGUUGGAGACACGAUCACCGCCCAACAGGCAGAAGAACUGCAACAAAUCAUACGCGAAAAAUUUAUCGCUAUACCAGAUGCAGAAAAAGUUGGAUUACCGCGAGUGAUCGAUUCAAUAGAGAUAAGCUGCCGGUAAGUUAAUACUGUUAGCGCCCUGAAAUGUCUUUUUUAGGGUGUUGUCCCUAACGCUCGGAGUGUACUAUAC